GUAUUGACUAUGAACAACAUGGACAGAUGUGACUAGCUAGUUACACUUUUUUUUACACAUAGAUUUUGUUCUGGCAAUAGAGGGAUUUCCCUCUGUCAUUUUUUGUAGUUUUUUUUUUAGUAUUGAUAAUAUACAAAAAUCAUGUUACUGGAGAUGAUUUUGUGCUGUUUUCUUCUUCUUUGGAGUUCUUUUCUGACUGUGGCAGCAUUUCACCCUGCAUCAAGCCGAUAUAGCCUCUACUCAGGACCAAAUCCGCAGCACAACUCAGAGAAACCAACGGCCAGGCAUAAGAACCACUGUGCUUAUGUUGUGGAGAGAACUGUCUCAUUCACUAUUCAGGAUGGAGCGACUCCUUUCAUGAAGGCAGAGUACAACAAGUGUGCUUGGGGUCAAAAAUGCCCAACUAUAAAGUAUCGCACAUACUACAAGCCUAUGUUUAAAGUUGCAUAUAAGACUCUGACUGAGCUGGAGUGGAAGUGCUGUCCUGGUUAUGCAGGUGUCGGUUGUACUGCGGCAUAUGGAAUGAAAGCAAGGCCCCUAUUCAAAGGACCAAUGCCUGCACAGAAGGGCCCUAUGCCUCCUUUUAAAGGGUCCAUGCCUGCACAGAAGGGUCCCAUGUCUUCUUUUAAAGGACCCAUGCCUAUGCAGAAAGGUCCCAUGUCUUCUUUUAAAGGUCCUAUGCCUGCACAGAAAGGUCCCAUGUCUUCUUUUAAAGGACCCAUGCCUAUGCAGAAAGGUCCUAUGCCUUCUUUUAAAGGGCCUAUGCCUGCACAGAAAGGUCCUAUGCCUUCGUUUAAAAGGCCCAUGCCUUCUUUUAAAGGUCCCAAUCCCUCUCAAAAGGGUCUAGUGCCUUCAUUUAAAGGACAAUUUCCUCAUCCCAACUUCAAUGGAAACCCCUGGAAUCAACCUCAAACACAAUAUAAUGCCAUGAAUGGAUACCCAGGCCCUAAUACUGGGCCCUCUUCCCAAGAUACCUCAGUUGAACCUUAUUCAGACCACCAAGAACCAGAAGUAGAUUAUCCUGAACCCAUGCCAGAGCCUCAAGAUCUUGGCCAUGACUUAAUCCUAGAAGAGAAUGAGCCAAUCACAGACUACCAAGAUCCUCAACCAGAUCACAGUGAGAUGGAGCCUGCUUCCAAUGCACAGGCGCCCUCUGGUGGUGGUGAAACAAACCAAGAUCAUGGUGACAACAUUAUCGAAGAUGAGCGGUUUGAUAGGAUAGAAGAGGAUGUGCAGCGACUCUCUCUUGGUCUUGAUACUCUCCGUGGUACAGUGACAGGCCUGGAGGCCAGCUUGCGUGCUUCCCUCCGUGAAGACGCCAACCGGAUGUUGACUGCACUAAUUUCUGCUGCACCCAGCCCUAUUGCUGCUCCUUCCCUGUCUAGGGACUCUUCUGUGGGUUUCGGAGAUUUACCUGGAGGUGCACCGGAUAUUGAGGGUUCAGAUGUGGUGGGGCAGUUCCCAAACUUGGUCGAUUUGGCUGAAAAGGUUUCACAGCUGCGAGCAGAGCUUGUGGCAAAGGCAUCUGAGCUGGAAGGGUUGAGAGGAGCCGUUGUUGGUCACAACAACACCCUUCAAAGAUUGUCAGAAGGGUCAGUGAACCUUACUCAAACUGAAUUCCAAAAGGCCCUGGAGACUAUGGUGGAGUCCAAAAUGAGUGAAGCACGGGUGGCUAUCUUAGAUGGCUUUGAAAAACGUGUGGAGAGUGCUGAGGAGCGUUGCGAGGGUCACAUGGCAGAGGUGCGGCUACAGUGCAAGGAGGAACUUUUAAAUGGACAAGAUCAGAUUGAGCAAGUCCUAGACAUCAGGGCCAUAGGAUUGAGAACAGAACUCCAAAAACUUCAGGCUCAGCUUCAAGACCUGGAGCCUGAAGAGGGUUGUUGCAUUGCUGUAUCGGGUCUAACUGAAAGGAUAAUUCAUGUGGAGCAGUCAGUGGGUGGCUUGAAUGAGUCCCAAAUACACCUACGUGCCGAACUUGGUGGACACAAGGACCAUAUAGAGGGCAUGUUGGAGGGCCGACUGGCUUAUGUGGAGUCCAAGAUUAAUAUUGCAUUGAAUCAAGAGGAGGCGAGCAUUGACAAAAGAGUGCCCACCGACCUGGAGACACAAAUAGAGGGGAAGCUUAAGGCUCUUGAAAGUCGGCUCUUGGCUGCAGUGGACGAGCUAGGUAAUGUCACAGCACCAACUUUGCUAGAGGGUCAGGCUGUGCCCACACUGGAGACAGACGUAGAAUCACUCAGAAGAAGUGUUGAGGACGAUUUGGACCGUUUACAGAAACAGCUUAAAUCCAUAGAGGUCAUGUGCACUUCAUUUUGUGUUCCACAGCCUAUUCUUACAGGAUAUGCAGCUCCUUUGGCAACUGAGGAGGAGAAAAUUGAGGACAACCACAAGGAACUGAAUGAAAAACUUGAUUUACAGGUACAGAGAUUGAACAACCUCAAUGCCACGCUAUAUAAUCUUCUUGUCCAGUUGGCAGAAAAACAGGAGGAGGUAGGUCUUCAGGGUGAGGUGACCCUGCUGAAAGUUAGUGUGAACUCAGUUAACAGAUCUCUCUGUGGCUUGCAAGAGUCUCUUGGCUCUGUGAUCAGAGAGGUCGGCCACACAAACCUCACCUGGCAAGAGAGAGAAGAGAGGCUUGCACAGCAAGUGAAGGGUGUGGUUCAACUGGUGGGACGACAGGCAUCUAUGUUGGGUACUGGGGAGCGCAAGUUGACCCGUCUGAAAGGGGAACUCCAGGAUCUGCGGCGCAGAGUGGCCGGAGAGCUACAGGGUUGCCGCUCGACUGCCCUGGGUGUUCAGAAGGAGGUAGAUGAAGUCGGGGGUCGUGUUGCCCGUGUGGAGGGUCAGUGUGGAGGGCUGGCACACCUGGCUGAUGACCUAGAGAGAAUUCGAGGAGAGCUAGAGAGACACUCUGAUGGGUAUCUGUCUCAUGUUAAUAGCACCCUUGUUAACCAUUCUCACCAGCUAUCCAAGCUCAGAGAUAGCAUUCAAAACUGCACUGGACCAUCUGGGUCUACUAGGAAAGACGGGGAUAAUUUAGCUACAACACAACAAAUGGAAGAACAACACACAACAGAACCAACCCAUCCAAGAGGAGACCAGUUUGCAGUCCCCACACAGCACAGAGGUGACUAGUAAUUCAAGUGCACUUUAUAAUGUGCAGACAGUCUAUACUCAAGACAUAUACUAUUAUAUAGUAUCUUUCUCAGGAGACUUUUCUCUUACCAACAUCUGUUGUAUGAUCAGUGUUGUUGAAAUUCCCUCUUCCCAGUCUGUGGUGUUGCUGUAUUGUAUUGUCGUUGUCUUUUUUAUCAC